AUGGCCGACACCAACGAGCAACGAGCCGUCGCUACUGCCUUUGCGCCUCCGCCGCCUUUGUGGAAGCACUUUACACGCGACAACCUCGAUAAGCUGGACCAAAUCAAGACCGAAGCGUCAAAGGACAAGGAUGGAAUCCCUGCUGUCGAAAAGAAGUGGUCACCAGCAGAACUCCGCGCUUUGGAAGUACCUUCCGAGUUGCGCUUCCUGGUGCCGCCUGAGAUUCCCACGGGGGAGUAUACCGUCUUUGGAGAACCGCAGACUCUAUCAACGACACUGCCAUCCUUGAAAGAUCAAGGCAUUGAGCAACUUUACCCGGAGCCUGCAUCAGACGCCGACCAAGCCCUUUCCCAGCCCGCCCAACACCUCAACCACGCCUACUAUUUGCUGAAGAUUAGCAAGUCCCUUCUACUCAACUUCCUCGAAUUUGUCGGGAUUCUCUCGGUGUCACCCGAACAGUUCGAGUCUAAAGUGGAGGACCUACGCAAUCUGUUCAUCAAUGCCCACCAUCUACUGAACCUAUACCGCCCCCACCAGGCACGUGAAUCACUCAUUAUGAUGAUGGAAGAACAAUUGAAGCGCACUCGAGAGGAAAUCAAGCAGAUGGACAAGGUCAAAGCAGACAUUGAGAGCUUGAUGGAGCAACUCGAAGCAGAGGGUGGUGCAGUCAAUUCGGCAGAGCGGAUUGAGAGCACCGAUACCUCGAAGGUGGCAGCCAAACGAUCAGUCGAGGAUGCACAAUUGAUAUGGGAUCUGCUUGACAAAGUGAAUUGA